AUGGCGUCGGCAGCAGGACAGUCUCCCUCUGGACACGAUGCUGAACUGGACGAAUUACUGGACAGUGCGUUGGACGACUUUGACAAAGCAGCAGCUCCUCCUCCUCCCGCCGCAGCUGCCUCUGCACCUGCUGCUGCUGAAGAAAAGCCUCCGCUUCUUGAAGACUGUAAGCUGUUUGAGACUCUUUUCGAGGGGGAGAUGGCGGACCAGGCGCGUGAGGAGUGGGAGAAGGCCAUGACGGAGCUGGCCCAGCAGGAGCCCGAGCUGCUGCAGCACUUCAACAAACUCUCUGAGGCCGCGGGGAAAGUCGGCACAGACUCGGCCUCGCAGCAGGAGUUCACCUCAUGUCUCAAAGAUACUCUCAAAGGACUGGCCAAGAACGCAGACAACCUCCAGACUUCUGGUUUGGCCGGGGAGGACCUGGUGAAGACUCUGGAGGGCCUGGCGAUGGAGGACGGAGGAGACGGAGAAGACGCCAACAUUUUACCCAUAAUGCAAUCAUUCAUGCAGAACCUGCUGUCCAAGGAAGUGCUGUACCCAUCGCUCAAAGAAAUCACCACCAAGUACCCUGAGUGGCUGGAGGUGAACAAAGCCACCGUGAGCGCAGAGGAUUUCAGUCGUUACGAGCAGCAGGCGAGGAUCAUGGGAGAAAUCUGUGAACUGUUCGAGAAAGAGGAGGAAGCGGCGGGGGAGAAGGAGAGGACCUUCGAGACCAUCAUGGACCUGAUGCAGAAGCUGCAGGAGCUCGGUCAGCCGCCCAAAGAACUCGCCGGGGACGCGCCUCCGGGUCUGAACUUCGACAUGGACUCCCUGAACCUGCCUGGAGGACCAGCAGGGGGCGCCGAUCAGUGCUCACUCAUGUAA